AUGGAUACGCUGUUUUCAUUGGCUUCUCAAGACGGGGUCAACGGCCUGUUGGCAGUUUUCGCCGUGGUAUUGAUCCUCACUUUUUGCUAUGUGCUCUGUUUUAAACCGGCUAACCGAGAAGUAGGUCCUAUCGUCCGGACUGGUCCGAACACUGUCUCUAUAAACUCAGUCGCUGGUUUCAAAGCCAUACAUGGGUCACGCCUCUCCAAUGUUCGCAAAUCCGACUGGUAUCUCACGGUUGAGGGGGCAGUCGGCACUCCUAUGACCCAAACCAUACUUGACCGCCAAACACACGCUUUUCAUCGCCGCGUUUUAGACGUUGCCCUCUCAGAGUCUGCUCUGAAAUCAGUAGAGCAUAUGAUUAUAGAAAAUGUUCAGUCAUGGUGUGCACAUCUCGCAGAAGGCAUUUCGAAACCAGGCGACUGGUCUUCCCCCAAGAACAUGGCUGACUGGGCCACAUAUUUGAGCUAUGAUAUUAUGGGUGACCUCACGUUUGGUAAGAAGUUUCACUGCAUGGACAGUGAUGAGCAUCGAUUUGUUCCUCUACUUAUGCUGAAUGCAACAAAAAUGGUUUAUUUCAUUGGCCUGUCGCCUUUGGCGCCACUUUUGAGGCCUUUUCUCGGCUCUCCUAUAAUGAAUGUAGUUGGCGGUCAAAUGGCUCGGGACCACUUGAAAUACAAACGCUACUCCGCUUCCCAAAUGAAACAGCGUAUUGAAGCCGAAACAGACGAUUCUAAACCAACUAGAAAGGAUCUGGCCCAUUAUCUACUAAAUGCCAGGGAUUCCCAGACAGGAAAGGGGCUCACAACCGAAGAACUUUAUUCUGAAAGCUCUCUACUCAUUGCGGCAGGUUCAGAUACUACCUCCAUUGCCAUUUCUGCCAUCAUGUUCCACCUCUCCCACCACCCAGAAAUUCUUGGCAAAUUGACAUCCAUCAUUCGUUCCACAUUUUCUUCCCUGGAUGAAAUCCAAGCCAAGGCACUCAACAACCUACCUUAUCUCCGCGCAUGCCUCGAUGAGGGAAUGCGACUCUCUCCUGUUGUCCCUUCUCAUCUACCCCGGCAAGUUCUCCCAGGAGGUCUCACCAUUGAAAAACACCAUUUCCCUGCUGGGAUUGUCGUAAAUACCCCUCCUUACACCAUCAACCAUAACGAAGAAUACUAUCCAGAUCCAUUCUCAUACCGACCGGAGCGCUGGAUUGUCGACCCAUACGCCUUAGACGGUGACAUAGGAUCCGAGAGUCAGGUCGCUAUCGCUCGAUCAGCCUUCACCACGUUCGGUCUCGGGCCACGUGGCUGUGCGGGAAAACGUCUUGCGUAUCUCGAGCUCGGCCAUGCUUUUACGCGUUUACUAUUUUCUUAUGACAUGCGCGUUUCCCCGGCGAAUGAGACUUUGGGUGCGGGCAACCCUAACCACGAACAUGAAGGGAGACGGCGGCCUGAUGAGUAUCAAUUUGAAGACUAUUUCCUGGUGACGAGGGAUGGGCCCUUGUUGGAGUUUAGGCCUAGAUGUGAAUAG